GCGUGACUGGACCACGGCCGGCCGCAUAAAACAGGCCCUCCAUCGGCGCUCUCCAAUUGAACCUUCGUCGUUCGACAGACAGCUCAAGCCGUGAUCACGCCGCCAGAUGGGUAGACACACUCUUAACAACCUUCCGCCCCAGACAUCCCUCGUCUUGUCAGAGCCCGAUACCCCAAAACUCAAUACAAAAAACAACCUCAACACACUCUACCAGCCCCAAUUUUCCCACGAAACUCUGGCAGCCGGCGACGACGGGCGGGUGGCCGACUCAGGCUCCUAUUUCGUUCCACUGAACGGAACAGUGUCUCCAGCGUGUAUGGCUGAGGUUGCAGGAUAGCGCUUACCUUCUGGGAAAGGGGUUGGCACUUGGAAGUGUGGCGGGGCCGACGACACACAAUUUCUAGCUCCGACAGUCGAACAUGAGCGCUCCUCGCAGCAACGGGCGGAGCAAAUAUGGGAGGAAGGAACAACCGCAGGGUCAUGGGCAAGGUGGUGGAAAAACCGGAGCCGGAGAUGCGCUGCAGACCGCGUUGGCAGGAAUGCUCCGUGGAGACCGAGAUCCUUCUUACUCGAGGCGUAUAGCAGCUGCCGAUGACCUUCUGGCAAUCCUCGACCCGUCGAUGCAUGGAAACGCCCUAGGUCUCCCAUGUUAUCCCGUCAAUCAACCCCACGUCUUCAAUGCAUGCGCGAAUAGCGUGGCUGACGCACUGGAAGCGAUGCGAUCUCCGAACGCAUAUAAACAGCGAGUUGCGAAAUGUAUUGCCGCCAUGGGCGCCUGCCUGCAUCUGGAUGGCCGUCCGUUUGUCCGGUGGAUCUUUGAACAGCUGCUUGGAAUGGGCCAGAAACGGCUGUCAAGGGAAGCGGAGAGGGAUCUGUGCAACUGGCUUCUCGUGGUUGUCCGUGACUAUGUGGAACGAUUAUCGGCAUUGGGCGAUUCAGCCGGCCAUGCGGAAGAAACCAUAUCGCAGAUCUUGGUGGACAUGCAGACGUUUCUUGAUAUGAUGGAGUCUGCCGACUUCCUGCCCAAAUCACUGGACGUGUUCCAGAUCAUUGCGGAAACGUUUCCUGAUGCGUUUUCUGUGUGCUUCAAGGACAUCGUCGAUCUUCUCGUGGGAUGGAACAUUGAUCCGAGCCUUCCGAAAAAUGUGUCGGCGCUCAUCUCUGAUACGCUGAAGAAGCUCUGGUUUUUUUGGGCUCAGCACAUUACCUUCGCAUUGGAGCUUGCCCGGCACCUCCUUUCUGACAUCCAGGACACGGUGCAGCUCCGUUGCGAGCCUGGCGCCGCGGAAACAGCGUCGGCUCCUGACAAGGGGAGGAGUUUCCGAGUGCCGACUAACACCUUCAUACUAACGCGAUGCUUCCAAACGAUCCUCUACGUCAUAUCCUUUUCCGGAUUUCCGAGCAUGAACGCCGAGUGCCGCUUUGACCUGACGCAACACCCAGAAGCGUACGAUUCCUACCUAAAUGUCGUCGAAUGGUGCCUGAAUGUGAUCCUGGCGGUUGGAACGACAUUCGAAGACCGGGGAUGGCUUUUACAAGGAAUGAUCUUUGUAAAAUUCCUUAGUAAAGCCCUGGAAAGAGAUUUUCUGCCGUACCAGGACAUCGCGGUGAAAAUCCUAACACUCGACUCGACGUUGUUGGCCAAUGAGUACGUGCAAGAGGGACAUCGGAUUGAUGCGUCACAGAAGCAUUUGGGAGACUGGCUGUGCAAUUUGCGCGAGGUCGUCAACUCCUGGCUCCCACACCUCUCACCCGCCCUCGCCGCGAUGUUCUCGAAACCGUCCGAAUCGGCCCUUCUUAGCCGGGUCCGCUUCCUAUGUUUGCAGCAUCGGGCUUGUAGCUCUGAGUUGCGGGAGCUUACGGUGAGGGUGCUGAAGGCGUAUACCGAGCUGCACGAUGGUAGCGGGAUAAGGGAGCGGGAAAAUGAGGUGCUCAAGGAGUAUGUUUGGGAAGUUCGUGGUGUACAUGGCAGCCUAUUGCAAUUUGUGAGGCUUGAUCGAGGAGGAAAUGAAAAUGAGGGCAGCGAUUUGAAAUUCGUAGCAGACAACAAGACGUCGGUAGAAGAGAGUUUAUCGGAACCACAACAGACCCUCAGAGGCAUCCUGUCCAACCUGGACCCGUUGUCCCUACGAAAUCUCCUUCUGUACGACAUACACCUAUGCACGGAGCUCGCCAGCCUUCUGAAUAGCGACCACGCCGUCGAGGAAGUGCUUCGAACGAUUCUCAACAUUCUUGCAGACACAGCGCGGAAGGGGGGCGAUGUCAUUGGCUGGGCGUGUCUCAUGAGGGGCCCGAUCUUGUUGGCGGCGUAUGAGAUGGCGAUGGAAGCGGGCGGGACGAUUGACUCUGAGCAGAACGGCACGCGGAUGAGUGACGAGGAGAUGAGGAGUUUGACACCGCAGAGUGUAGUUUCACAGCUCGGGAUCAUUGCAAUCGCGCUGGCGGAGAUGGACAUCGGCUACGAUGAGAAGAUUAUUUGUCUGGAAUGGCUUGAGAAUCUGUUCACUGCCAUGACGAAGGCCGGUGGAAAUCCGUGGGAUAUCGUGGGAUAUCCGUGGGAUAUCCGUGGGAACGAUACUGUGCAGGAAAGCGUGCACGCAUGCGCCAUCGUCCUGCAACAGGCGACCUGCGCGGAACCCGACCCGCAGAUUCGUGUCGAGAUGGCCUCCGUUUGGACCGCAUACAAUCGGUGGCUGGCAAUAUCCUACACCUCCGUGCCCGAAAAAGCAUUCGACCUGCUUCGACAAGUGGUCGCCCAUAUGACGAACGAUCUUGUCCCCGCUGUCAGAACAGCGUAUCUACAUCUCAUGAUGUUCAUGCACCCGCUCGCCACGCUCACCACCCUUCAUGACUCCGCCGAACCCUCACUAUCGAUCACAGCCGACCUGAUGUCCCUCCCUCCGUCCGGUACGUUCCGCGCCCGCCAUUUUCAGGUCGCGUGCGCCUUUCUCGGCGUCGGUGAAAUCGAUGACGAGGGUACCGCCACUGCGACGGGAAAAUCAGAUGAGGUGUGGAUGGCGAGGCUGUAUCAUGCGUGUCAGGCGGGGAUGUUUGCGGGAGAGUACGGGGGCGGAAAAUUGCGAUAUGGUGCGGUAAUAGGGAACAGGAAGGAACCAAGAUUGUCGACUUUGAUGUUUUGGGUAUCGUGGGAGGCGGCGAGGUAUUGCGUUUUGAGCCGGUUGCGGACGCCGUUUGGAGGGCCGUUGCAGACGUUCUCGACGAUCGAAAACAGCUUGAAGCAGGAGAUUAAUAACGUCGUUGGAAUCGAACGUUCCGAUGACCGGGACAAGAGUGACAGCAAGAAUCGCCUGGCAGAGAGCAUCACCACCCUUCGCCACCACCUCCACCUAGUCGACCACCUCGAGAUCCAGAUCCGCAACGCCGCCGAAGGAUCCCUCCAAUGCGCGCCCACAUCCAAAGCCUCCAUCGCCUUCUUCCACGCCAACAAACGCACAUGUGAAGACUGGUUCGUGCGGAUACGCAAACAUAUGGUUGUUGCUGCGAGGAUCGUGGGCGAGAAGAAUAUGAUUGUUAAACAAGCUUUGUUGUAUGUUGCUGAGAGCACAGGUGCACGGGCGGGUGGUGGGAAGGAUAACAACCCAACUCCGACUUUGAUUCCGGAUAUCGAAUCGGUGCUUUUCGGCUUGGAGGACAGCCUGAUCGAGUUGGGCGAGGUGGAUACGCUUACGGGACUUGGGACGUGGCUUGAUAGGUCGGGGUUGGUGAAGCCGCCGGUGGGACGAGAUACGGUCGUUUUGCUCAAGCGGUCGGAGAGACCGAAACCACCGUCGAAUGAGUAUGUCACCUUUUCGUGGGCGCACGUCACGCCGUUGUUGGCAGAGGAGCGGUACGAGGCCGCGUUGCCGAUCCUUGUCGCUGAACUCAACAAGCUGAUCGACACUGAGCCGGUGCCCAGCGACGCCGCGAUUGGGAACUUGCAGAAACAUGUUGCGAAGUGUUAUGCCGAGUUGCAGGAUUGGAAGGGGUUGGAUGCGUAUCGCGAGGCAGUGCAGUGGAAGAUAGAUGGCCAGGGACGUGGGUUGGAUGAGUGGGAUGAUGGCCUAAGGGCAUUGAGUACCUGGACCACUAAGGUGGAAGGAGGUUGGUCUACUGAAACCAAGGCAUACGCUGGGCCGGAUGUGGGCAAGAUCGUCGCGGAGGGCUUCCCUUCGGCAGUCCUUCAGGCCUGCCGUGUUGACCUUUGCGAGCGAUUUCGUGCAUGUGAUUGGGGCGAUCCGGAGAGAGCGACCGUGGGGAAUACGGCUCUGAGGGAUUGGGAUACCGAUUUGCGUCAAGCUAUUGGGUUCCAGACCGGGGAGAGUUUGUCGAUGCGAUCUGAGUAUAUUGCGCAGAUGCAACUGCUCUGUUCGGCUAUUCCCCUGCUUGACGUCAACAACGGAUCUGGGCUUUAUGCCACGUUUGCGGACCCGAAUAUCCUUGAUCAGAAGAUCUCGAGCGCGAAUGUGCUCAAGGCGGUUCGAGUCCUCGUGAACGGGCUCGACAGCCGGCGACGUCUGACGCCGACCGAGCAAGUACGCCAACAAGCCCAGCAAAACGUGGACUUUCUGAUCGCCAAACACGCUCGAAAGACAGGAAACUUCCACCUUGCAUCGAGGCUGUUUGUGUUUGGACCGCAUCUGACGCCGCAAUCCGGCGCUGUUGAUAUCUCGCUGCUGAAGCGGACCCUGGAGUCUGCGAAGCUGCAUCAUGCGCGAGGGGACCGUGGCGCCGCUAUUACACUUAUCUGCGACGGCCUGUCGAGUGCUGGCCCGAAUAUCGCAGACGUGGACGGCCGGUGCGAGACACUGUUGUGCAAGUACCUAACCUGCCUGUCAGACUGGAUGCUGGACACCAGCGGUGACGACGGGAGACUGCACGACGUUCUCGACUCUGUCAGACCGUUCGAGCCGCCUGGGAUCGAGUGGGGCAUUCCUGCACGUAAUAUUGCCAUUUCGGAGAAAUUGUUGCAAAAGGCGAUUGGAUUGGCGCCGGGGAAUCGGAAGGCGUGGUUGAAGUAUGCUGAUCAUUUGUAUAAGUCUGGGAGCGCGGAUGGGGAACUGGGGCAGGCGGCGUCGAGGGCUGCGAAGGCUCUGUUGAGUGAGGUGGAGGGGAAGGUGAAGGAGGAUGGGAAUCAUUCAAGUCUUCGGAUGAAAGAGUAUAUGAAGAAACUAGUUCCCAUACUCACGAGCGAAUUAGACGAAGCCCGAGGCACCUCUAAGCCAUUGUCCGAGGAAUCCUUGGAACAUCGGAUCCGGUCUGGCUGCCCGGCGCUUUCUGAUAGAGCAAUUGUGGAAGUGCAUAGCGCUUGCGUGGCUUACAAGGAAGCGCUGGUGCGGAAGUACACUUUGGCGGCGGUGUCGUAUUUCAAAGUGCUUGAUCUUGGUUCCUCAGCACAAGAGCAGAAGCAACGGGCAAGCGACACGAUAACCAUCACCCUCAGGAUCCUGCGGCUGUUCCUCAAGUACGAGGAUGGUCGAACCGAGCUGGUGCCUCACUUUCAGGCGUCACCCAUCACGGCGUGGAGCCCCAUCGUCCCGCAGCUCUACGCGCGUAUCGGCCACCCGAGCUCGUUGGUACGGCAGACUAUCGUGGAUCUGCUUUGCCGGCUUGGGAAAACGUCACCGCAUCUGAUUGUAUACCAAGCGCUUUUGGGGAACGACGACGAGGAAGACCGGUCCAAUAAUGUUGUUGCUGCGCGUAAUGAGGAGGAGAACUCUGCUCUGAGGAUUCUGCAUAAGCUCCAAGCCAGUGCGCCAGCAUCCCUUGUCGGGCAGGUCAAGAAGAUCAUCCGUGAGCUCAAGCGCCUAGCAGUAUUGUGGGAGGAAACGUGGCUACACAAGCUGUCCCAUGUCCAAACCGAUGCAUUGCGAAGACUCGAUCGUGUGCAAGAGGAAAUCAAGCGCGUUCGUGGGAGCCUCAACCUGUCCGAGGCGGACAAGGACCGGCUCAUUCGUGAUUACCACAGGACCAUCCUUUCGCCGCUGAUUGGUGGACUGGAAACGCUGGUGGCGGCUACGACGCCGAGUGGGGAGAGUACACCGCACGAGCUAUGGUUUAGCAACACUUACGGACAUCGCAUUCGCGCCGCACUGGAAUCGUUGAGCGAUCCGCCGGAUUUGACUGAUAUGAGGAAGGCUUGGAUACCGUUUCAGCAGAUUUGCAUUGAUUUACAUCGGGAACUCCAUCGAACCAGACAACUGAAGCUAAAAAAUGUGAGCCCCGCUCUCAUGCGCUUCCGAAGGUCCAACGUGGCCAUGCCAGGGCAUCAAGAUGCGAAUGUCGUCAUCCACGCCUUUGACGGCGACAUUCAAAUCUACCCUACCAAGACGAAACCAAAGAAGAUCACGCUGAUUGGAUCUGAUGGUGUCCGCUAUCCUUACCUCUUCAAGGGCCUUGAAGAUUUGCAUCUGGACGAGCGAGUGCAGCAGUUACUCGGUGUAGUCAACCAACUGCUCGCCAGCGACAAACCUUCUCGAAAGCGUCAAUUCCGGGCGCGAACUUACGCCGUCAUACCUUGCGGCAAGCGAUCGGGGAUGAUUCAAUGGGUUGAAGGCGUUACCGCGCUCUUCACGCUUUAUAAGAGAUGGCAGCAACGCGAUUACACGGCAAGAUUACUGCAGGCCAAGGAUCCAGAGAGCCGAGACGCCGUCGCCCCUCCUCUCCGUCCUCACGAUCAGUUCUAUGCAAAGAUUGGCCCGGCUUUGCAGAGGCAUGGCAUCUCGCAUAAGGCGCCUAGAAAAGAAUGGCCCAACGCAGUACUUCACGAGGUGUUCCAGAAACUGCGACAGGAGACUCCCAAUAAUCUUCUGUCGAGAGAACUCUUCUGCUCGUCCCCGUCUCCCUUGGCAUGGUGGGAGAAGACAAAAUCCUUCGGACGCUCGACGGCGGUCAUGUCCAUGGUCGGAUACAUUAUCGGACUCGGCGAUCGGCAUCUGGACAAUGUGCUCUUCGAUCAGCUCACUGGAGAGAUCAUUCACAUCGACUACAAUGUGUGUUUCGAGAACGGUCGCAAGCUGCGUGUGCCAGAAACAGUCCCGUUUCGGUUGACGCAGAACAUGCAUGCUGGGUUGGGACUGACUGGCACCGAUGGGGUUUUUCGCGCUGCGUCAGAGCAUACUUGUCGGGUCAUGCGGAACAACCGCGAGACUUUGGUCACGCUGUUGGAGGCCUUUGUGUACGAUCCGCUUGUCGACUGGACUGCGAGUGCUCUGCAGGAUUUGGAUCAUCGUCAGACUGAGCUGAAUGUCAACUUGGGGAUACUCUCGUCCAGAAUAGAGGAGAAGAGAGAUGCUAUUGACAGUAGCCUGCGUACUCUUCUUGGGAAAUGCCAGGAGCUUCAGAGCGAGAUCGCAGCACAUCGUCCGACGGAGUCUGGGAAUGAGGACGAUCUCGUUUCGGCCAACAUGACCAUGACCGAGGAAGAACGCAAUCUCGCAUUGCAUGGGCAGUUGGCUAGACGAUAUGACGACUGCGAGAUUUGGAAAACGGAGCAUUCGGCUGCUGUUCUUUCCCUGAAGACCUCGAUGCUACAAGCAUGGCGUACGGAACUCGCAAACCGCGAUGUUGCUUCCAUCUCUCCUCCAGUGGCGCCCGCUGCAUUUUCGCUGGGAGCUGAUGAGAAUCACAUGCUUCAGUGUGUCGAGUUCGAUCAAGAGCUCUUCCGCAUCGCUCAGGAAAGACUACCAGCUUACAGCACCAGUCUUGAGCAUUUGCAGCUUUAUCAAGCGCUGGUCGCGCCCGUGGCGGAGACGAUGCUAGACCAAGAUCACUUUUCCAUAUGGAGCCGACUUCUACAACCAUUACUUGAUCCAACGUGCCCGCAGCACUACUUUGACUUGGCAUUCUCGCAUGAUUGCGAACCGAAGCCCAUUGAACACACGAGGAAGACAGCUCUCGAAGCGAUCAUCAAAGCAACAUGCACUGCCAAGAACGCCGAACUUCGUCAUUCCAUGGAGGCCUUACAGGCAUUCCCUACCGCUUGGCAGCCUCUCAUAAUGAUUGAUAGUGUGGAAAGUCUGUCCACGUCGUUAGGAAACGAUGCGCAUGACGCAAAACAGCUCGUGGACUGCUUGAUAUUGACAGAGGUGGCCGCCCUUGGAAGACUUCUCUUCUCAUGGAUCAAACAGAGCGAUGACGCCACCGCGGAAGAAGCCGUUCAUGCGCGAAUCAUCGCCCGCCUAGCAGAAACGAUGAGGAACGUCUAUGGCAGCUUCUCUUUCGAGCCGAAUUAUCUGCACGAAAUGCAUACGAUGACGGGUUACUUGUCCGCCCUUGGGCUUAGGAUUACUUUGGCACUCCAGGAAGAGAGCCUUCCUAUCACGGGCGACUCUUUAGCUACGGAGUCGUUUCAGCAUUACGCGGUCUUCUCCGACUCCAUGCGAGCGAUGAACUUGGACGUAACGGAAAUGCUGGUGCCGGAGGUUAUCAUGGCGCUGACAAGAGAGAACAGGACCGUGAUUGAUGAGUUUGUGAACCGCCUUAGCGAACUGAGCCAAAUGGUAGACGAGACGAUGGAUCAAGCUUCCUCUACCUUCCAGGCAGCGUCGAGUCACCUGGCACAAGGCUUUGAGGCCUUCCGCAUCAAGUACGCAUCCGAUAAGUCGAGGGGUCCGUAUGCCAUACUCGCCGCUUUCGACAGACUCUUCAGGCCGGUGAUGGACGCCAUGAAAAAUCUGGCGGCACAGAAAGAAAUGUCAGGUUUCAACGUGGUCUUCAAGGUCUUGGCCGUCCAGCAGAUUCUCUGCACUUUGGAUCUCGUGCAAGGAUGCAUUGCAUAUUAUCGUGGGUCUGAAAUGGACGUAGACGACCCUUCGCACGAAUGGGUUGCCAGUUUCGAUUUCCGAGACAUAUUGCGAGAGAGUGAAUGCUUCAACAACGUCAAUGCACGCUUGAAGAAAUAUCUUAACCUCUGCAUGCGGGAAAUGUGCAUGAAGCCAAUGGCCAAGCUUUUUGGGAAAACGAUAAAGCGCAUCAGCCAAACCUCAGGGGUCAAGAUUGGAGACUCGGCCAAUUCAGCUGCGAGCGGGAUCCCGUUCGUCGACACCGCUUUGAAUUGUGUGGCCGCCAUUCUUGACGCCGCCCCGGAGCAUAAGGCUCGCUUGCCAAGUUUGUUGGACGCUUUCCAUUAUCACUGCUGGUUGUCUGCCCAAAUUUCUUUGAGCACGGAGGCAUCCUUGUACCUCAACAAGGCAGGAGCGAGAUUCGAGCAACGAGAGCUUGCAUUGUUUCGUUAUCAGCUUCUGCAUGAGACUGGAUUGACAUACCCGAUGCGAUCGUCUACAAACUCAUUGCACACUAGUCCGAGGCCUCAGGUUAUCGAACGGAUUCUGGAGGAUGUGCCGAACCUUAUUCAAUUGCAUAAUGACUUAAUAGCUUUGGAAGCUCACCACCAAGCUGUGGAGUCUGAAUUGCGACCGCUCUUGGCGUGGGCACAAACAGAGCCUAGUCGGCAACAAGCCGCAGAGGCAUUCAUCGAUCUCAGUCAGACAAGACAUGGGCAGAUCGCACGGAAAUGCCAACGAGUCAAGACCUUGAUAGACAUGUGCAACACCAUCGUUCAUUUUGAAACCUUCCGAGUACCAAACCCAAGCACCCGAAGCAUGGAUGCGGAGAUGCGGCGCUUCGUAAGAAGCUUGAACCAUGCAAGGAUGGGACACUCUCCUACCGUCGAAGAGCCAUUUGCCUCUGACUUUAUUCACAACAUCUUCCGGGCAGCGUCGGAUCUCCGAGCUGACUAUGACCAAGCUGACGGCGAACUGCGAGAUAUCCAUGGGCUGGUGGGAACCCUGAUCAAGAUGGCAAAGCAUGUCACCACUGCUGGGGUUGCGCGAGAAGACUUUGAGGCGUAUUUGGAGAAGUGGCGCGCAGUAGGUGCACACAUCAACGAGAUGGGCGCGGUCGCGAACAACGCGGACAAAAACCACGGUCGUUUGCCGUCGACAGCACCAGUUCUGGAAUCGAUCGUGAAUGCGUUAGAGCAGUGUCACACGUCCGUCUUCGCCUUUGCUGCUCUGAAAGAGCUCGAGGAGGAAGAUCAGCAGGAUAACGGCGAUCCCGAUGCCCUCGAAGUAGGCGACAUGAGCGCGAUGCAUGCCGUCGUUGAUCCCCAGCACACCGAAGCGCAGGAUAUGGAAGCGAUGGAGCAAGCCAUGGGCCAGUUGCACAUGGACCCGAAUGAGGACGUGAUGACGCAAGAGAAGCUGGAUGAGGUCGAGACUUCGGUCUCGCCUGGUGCUCGGGAUGAAGACCGUCAACCUCCUAUGCGUCUGAUCAACGAACCGGGUACCGACAAUAGACGUGAACGUGCAGAGCACGGACCUCAGGACUACGUUCCAGACCCCGCGGACGAGCUUAGGGACGAUGGGCCGCAGAAAGGAACGGGUGAAAAACGGAACGCGUAUGCGAUGAAUGUCCUGCGUCGGAUCAAAGCAAAACUUGCAGGCAGAGACAAUCCUGGACAGACUACGAUGUCUGUCCCUGAUCAGGUCAAAAUGGUGAUCGAGGAAGCUGAGAGCGUCGACAACAUCGCCCUUAUGUAUGAAGGGUGGAUGGGCUGGAUUUGAAGCAACGAGGAGGGCCGACCCU